AUGACGGCCGAAGGGAACAACUACCCCAUCUUAGCCGAGAAAGACAUCAGCCCUACAUCAAAGCACCCAUCCCGCUUCCUCCGCGGCACACAGAUGUCCCACCUUGACAUACCGCGCCACACCGAAAUGAAAGAGGAAAGGGGUCAUAAAACCGAGGAUUGCAUAGGUUUGCGGCAAGAGGUAGUAAGAAUGCUAAAUCGGGGACACCUGAAAGAACUACUGAGCGACCGUGGACGAGAUAACUUUGCUCGUGGACGCGAACAACCCCAAGCACCCCCAAAGCCGCCUUCUCCCACUCGUACCAUACAAAUGAUCAUUGGUGGAGGCGACGACGCAGUAGUCAACCACGUAAAGUUCACCACUAUGCACAAACUCAAACGAUCGAUCACUCAUGAACGGUAUGAUGACCUCGAAGAUAGUAUCGUCUUCGAUAAAUUAGAUACUGACGAUACUGAUGUAAAAAAAAUAAUGGUGGAUGACAGAAGCGGCACCUGUAUUAUCCAUCCUCGACUCCUCGUACAAAUGAGACUCGACGAUAAAAUAAUAUCGCGUUGUAUAACACUAACGGGUUUUAAUGCAGUCGAACGAACUUCUGGAGAGAUAGUGCUGCCCGUCCUAGCCGGAGGAGUCACCUUGGAAACGACGUUUCACGUCAUAGAUCAAGAUACAGCCUACAACACUAUCAUAGGGAGCCCAUAG